AUGGAGAGUACAAACUCAAAUGAAGAAGGUUUCACUGAUAUUCCAAAAAAAAAGGAAAACGAGGAAAUAGUUUCUUCUGAACAUAUAGAAAAUGAUAUAUUAGAAAAAUAUGAUAUUUUUUCAAAUGUUUAUACUUCAAGUGAUAACUCCAGUUUUGUAGAUAGCGAAGAAGAUACAUCAUCCAAAAAUUUAGAAAAUUCUAAGAAUAAAAAUAUUUUAAGCUUAACUGUUCAUAAUAUCAUAAAUAUUUAUCCUAACAAUGAAAGAAACAGAGAAUUUAAGAAGUCUAAGCAAAAAAAAAUUGAUGAAAAAAGAAAAAAAGAGUUUGACAAAGAGAGAGAAAUAACAGAAAAGAAGAAAAAAAUAUAUGACGAAAAAAGACAAAAAAAAUUAGAGAUAUAUAAAAUAGGGAAAAAAAAAAAGAAACUAAUAGAAAAGGAAAUAUAUAAUAAGGAAAAUAUUGAAUAUAAUUAUUUAAUGAUUUUAAAUUAUUUUGAGUAUUUAAUGGAAAAUGGAAAACGUGGUGAUAUUUAUUUUUCCUUUCACGAUUUGUACGUGUCACCAAUGAGGUUGUACUAUUUUGCUAAUAUAAAUAUUGAUCAAAUUUAUUACUUAGAUUUGUCAAGGAAAUGGUUAACAGAUAACUACGUCUCAAUUAUAUUAGAAUUGUGUACAUGUAAAAAAAUAAAGAUCUUGAACUUAUCUUAUAAUAAAAUAACGUUCAUUGGACUUAUUCAUUUUUCUAAAUUCCUAUCGGAGAACAAAACUUUGUUUUGUCUUAAUCUGGAAAGUAAUGAUUUAACAAAUAGAGGUCAAAAUAUUGAGGAAGUUAAUAGGCUUUUAGAAUCAAUAAAAAAUAAUAAAUCAUUAAGAAUAUUGAAUCUAGCUAAUACAAAUAUGAAUAAGAAUAAUGGAGACGCAAUGUGUGAGAUGCUAGAAAUUAAUAAAUCGAUAAUAGAAAUGAACUUCGAGAAUAACAAUUUUACUUGUGAUCAAAAUUGCAGAAUAAUAAAAUAUUUAAUACGAAAUAAAAACAUAUGGACAAAACAAGCAGAAAAUGAAAAAGAAGAAAAUGAUAAAAUGGAAAAGGAGGAAAGUUAUAUGCGUGCUUACCUGAUGUCUGUAGAAUCUUCAAUAAUUGAAAUUGAAAACAAGGAAAGCAGAAAAAAUUUAAAUAAAAUGGUAUAUAUAAAUAUGUGGAGGGAAGAAAUAAAACGAAAAGAAUUAAAUGAAGAAGAAAUUCAUGAGUCACUGGAAAAAGAACAUGAAAAAAGAAUAAAAAAGGCACAGAUGAAAAAAAAGAAAAAGAAAAAGAAAUGA